AUGAAAGCUGUUCAAAUCCUGGGCGACAAGUCAUGCCCCAAAAUUGUCACCAAUUGCUCUCUGGAAACCCCUAAGCCCGAAAAUGACGAUAUUCUUGUCCAAGUCUACGCUGCCGGAAUCACUGGCGACGAAGUUCUGUGGCCCGAAGUCUACAACACCCCAACCCGAAUCCCGGGCCAUGACAUUUCUGGCAUCAUCUCUGCGCUUGGCCCUGGCUAUUGCGGGCCUUUGAAGAUUGGCCAGGAGGUUUUUGCGUUCCUGGAUGCAGACCGAGGUCAAGGCCAAGCCCAAUACGUCAUUUGUUCCCCCGACGAAGUUGCUCCGAAGCCAGCAUCCAUCUCACAUGCAGAGGCGGCUGCGCUGCCGAUCCCGGUUCUGACAGCCUGGGAGGCAAUGAUUGAACACGGCAAGGUUGAGCCUGAUAUGAAGGUCCUUAUUACUGGGGCUUCCGGUGCAGUUGGGAUACUGUUCGUCCAGUUGGUCAAGCAGAUGGUGGGAGCCCACGUUAUUGCCUUGGCCUCAGCUCGACACCAUCCAGCUCUUACGCAGUUUGGUGCGAGCGAAGUGGUGGACUACAAUACUCCAAACUGGGAAAGGCUAAUCUCGGAUGUGGAUGUUGUCUUUGAUACUGUCGGCGGAGACGUCUUGGCCAAGACUUGGGAGACUGUCAAGGAGAACGGUGUUAUUGUAACGGUUGGAGAUCCGCCGCCACCCUGGGCUUUUGGACGGGGAACCGCUGUCGAAUCUAUCGGGAAUCCAGGCGUAAGGUAUCUGCACUUCAUCGUCUCUGCCAACGCAGAAAGGCUACGGAAGGCAUCAGAGAUGAUUGAUGGUGGGCGUAUCAAGGCAUUGGCUGUCCAGGCUUUCCCGUUCCUCGAGGCAGAACAGGCCUGGCUUCAUGCCCGGCAAAGAAAUCGAGGACACAAGGUCGUGAUUGACUUUGAUGAUGCCAAUCAUGAUGUGUUGGCAGGGAAGAAGUAA